GCACCCCCCCCACCUCCAACCUUACUACUCCUCCCCAAUCCAUGGUGGGGCUGAGAGGCAGAGGGAAAUCCCACGGGAGCGCCCGGGCUCCACGAAUCAGCCGAGACGCAACGCCCCUGCACGGCGUGCCGAGCUAAGGCGCGGAUGGUCUUCGCCCCACGGCCAGUCUCCGUCGGGGCGAGCUACGGCGAACAGUGCGCACACACACACACAGACACACACACACAGAGAGACGCACAGACAGGCAGAUUGACGCUGCCGAGCGACACGCGCCCGCUUUGCGUGGACGAGCAGAGGAGCCAGGAGGAGGGAGGAACAGUUGGAGCCCGCAGCAGCUGCAGCCUUUAGUGGCAACCGCGUCCAGGAUGCUGUUCAACUGAAGCAUUUCGACUUUGGCGAACAGAUAACCCACCGCGUGUAUUUUAUAUAUAUGUGCGUAUAUAUACCGGUGUACGUAUAUUCGUUUUUGAAGAACAACAACAAGGAGGAGGAGGAGGAUAAGAAGACGACGAGUCGUCCGGGUGUUUGAGAACCCUGUGGCUGCUGUACAUCACAGCAGCAGCAGCAGGCUGUGGUGCAGGUCUCACUAGGACAGCGGACUUCCCCGUUAUUUCAACAGCCAGAGCGACAGCAGCAGCAGCAGCAGCAUUGGGGCUCAAAUUUAGCGCCUGUCAUUUUAUUGCUAUCCCGCCUCCUGUCUCUCGGGCAAGAAACAAAACAAAAACGAGAGGAAGAAGAUUUAGAGAGGGAGUGGGGGGAGGGAAAGAAGAGAGAGCAUCGCAUCAACUAUUUGUAUUUAUAAACUCUCGCCAGUAGCUGGAAGCACCAGCGGUCAGCUUCUCAAGGAAAUCGAAGUCUGAGGAGGAGCGAGAGGGAUCAAGAAAAGACUUUGCUGCGCGGCGCGAGAACGUUUCUGCUCCUGUUCUUUUACUCAAGUUUCCCGCACGACGCUCGUGGUGUUGUGCGCGCGUGUGUGUGUGUGGGGGGGGGGGGGAUUGCGCCUGGCUUUUUGCCUCCUGACGAGCAACAACAGCGGCGAAAGCACAACACAACAACAACAACAACAAAAAGGGAAACAAUUGUCCCAAUUCUCUAAAAUUGUAACCCGACAAAGUCGAUCAAAAUUCUGCUAAGAGGGGACUCCGGGACGUUGCCAUUCAUGUACGGAAUUCAGGAAAGUUUACCCCGUGGGGGGCCAAGCAUGAAGGAGGAGCCCCUUGGAGGAGGUCUCAACCCCGUGAGGUCCUGGAUGCAGUCCUCCGGGGUGGUGGAUGCCAACACGGCCGCCCAGAGCGGAGUCGCGCUGGCGAGGGCACACUUUGAGAAGCAGCCACCGUCCAACCUGCGCAAGUCCAACUUCUUUCACUUCGUCUUGGCGCUCUACGACCGCCAGGGCCAACCCGUGGAGAUAGAGCGCACGGCGUUUGUCGACUUUGUCGAGAAGGACAGAGAACCAAACAGUGAAAAAACUAACAACGGCAUCCACUACAGACUACAGUUACUCUACAGCAAUGGCAUCCGCACGGAGCAAGACGUCUACGUGCGGCUCAUCGACUCCAUGACUAAGCAGGCGAUCAUUUACGAGGGUCAAGACAAGAAUCCGGAGAUGUGUCGGGUGCUGCUCACACACGAGAUCAUGUGCAGUCGCUGCUGCGACAAGAAGAGCUGUGGAAACAGAAACGAGACCCCAUCGGAUCCGGUCAUCAUCGACAGGUUUUUUCUCAAGUUCUUCCUCAAGUGCAAUCAGAACUGUUUGAAAAACGCCGGGAACCCACGAGACAUGAGGCGGUUCCAGGUCGUCAUCUCCACGACCGUCAACGUGGACGGCCACGUGCUCGCGGUGUCAGACAACAUGUUCGUGCACAACAACUCCAAGCACGGGCGGCGUGCCCGGAGACUCGACCCCUCGGAAGCAGCUACGCCGUGCAUCAAAGCUAUCAGCCCCAGUGAAGGAUGGACAACCGGGGGUGCCACAGUCAUCAUCAUCGGUGACAACUUUUUCGACGGGCUGCAGGUCGUCUUCGGAACCAUGCUCGUGUGGAGUGAGCUGAUCACACCCCAUGCCAUCAGGGUGCAGACACCUCCCCGCCACAUCCCCGGAGUGGUGGAGGUCACCCUCUCCUACAAGUCCAAGCAGUUCUGCAAGGGAGCACCGGGACGCUUCGUCUACACCGCUUUGAACGAGCCCACGAUUGACUACGGCUUCCAGAGGCUGCAGAAGGUGAUCCCGAGACACCCCGGCGACCCCGAGAGGCUACCCAAGGAGGUGAUCUUGAAGCGCGCGGCAGAUUUAGUGGAGGCUUUGUACGGCCUGCCUCAUUACAACCAGGAAAUCAUUCUCAAGAGAGCCGCGGACAUCGCCGAAGCUCUGUACAGCAUGCCCCGCCACCAGAAUCAGCUGCCGGCUCUGGGGAACUCGCCGGCUCACCACGCCAUGAUGGGAGUCAACUCGUUUGGCGGGCAGCUGGCCGUGAGCGUUUCGGAGCCCGGCCAGUCCGUGGAGCAGGCCAUGCUGAGCCACGCCACCGGUCGGUACCCCUGUUACAGCCGCAACACGAGCAGCGUGUCCCCACGCGGCUACGUGCCCAGCUCCACGCCGCAGCAGUCCAACUACAACACCGUGUCCAACAGCAUGAACGGCUACGGCAACGCGGGCAUGGGCAACCUGGGCGUGCCAGGCUCGCCGGGCUUCCUCAACGGCUCCUCCGCCAGCUCGCCCUAUGCCAUCAUGCCGUCAAGCCCUCCCGUGGCUGCUCCUCCCUCCAUCACCCUCCCUUCCAACUGUAGCGGGGCCGGGGGCGUUUUCUCAUUCUCCCCCGCCCACAUGAUUUCCGCAGUCAAACAGAAGAGCGCCUUCGCCCCAGUGGUUCGCCCGCAGGCAUCACCCCCGCCUAACUGCACCAGCGCUACCGGCAAUGCCCUCCAAGGGAAUUUUGGACAUGGUCUUGUUGCGCAGUUUAAAGAUUCUGUUUUAGCCAUGUCCGGCUUGGUCGUCCCACCAAUGUGAGGAAAAAGACAACCACUUGCCUUCCACCUUCCUCCGGGCACGCCACAUCACCCAGCUCGACAGCAGCGCUUGCUAUCCAUUCCUGUCCAAUAUUGGGAAAAACGUAACCCCCCUCCACCUGCCACUGCCACACCACGCCUCCCCUGCCCCACCCCCUCUCGUCCCAUGCACCCUCCCGUGCCCCCCCCCCAACACUUUUUAAGGAACUUGCAAGUCGACGAUCGCCCACCCCGAACACAAACAAAAGCGCUUGGGCGGUGUGACAUUGGUGAAACAAACAACAACAACAACAAACCGGAAGAAAAAAGCAUAGUUCACGCGAGGAAAAAAAAUCCCGCAAGGCCUUGUGUGAACUCGAAAGACGACCACGUGAAUGAAGGGAAACUUCUAAAUGUCUGUCGAAGUUACGAAAUAAUGAUGUUAAUGAAAUAUAAAAAUGUAAAAAGAAACGCAAGCGAACAAAAACGUAAGCCCCCGACAUCAACGACGACGAUAUAAACCACACGCAGUCGUCCUCUCGUUUCCUUGUGCACUGUCGAGGUACAAAGUUUCGUCCUAGAUCGUAGUCUGACGUUUUAUGAAUACAGUACAUAGAUCAGGAAAAUGCUAUGAAGGGGAGAGAGAGAGAGAAAAAAAAAAUGUGAACGGAUGUUUUAUUCCACAAAUUCACAUUUUGGUGUGUUUUUAGCGUUUGUAAAGAUGAUGCGUUUGAUUUUAAGCGAACGAAAGAAAGGGAGAACAUGUUUUUCAUUUUGUUCUUUUUUUUAAAGCAGGGAAAAUUCGGUUUACGAUGUCGUUUGCCCACAAGCCACGCUUUGGUAAAAGGUCACAGCCGGGAUGAUGGGGGGUGGGGGGGGGGAACUUUUGAAUCCGCUCGUAAGAAAGGCCAUAGUUUGACAACAAUGUAACAGCUUCACUUAACACUUCUGUACCAUAAAAUGUAUUUUACAUAGAGUACUGCGUCAGGGUGUAAACAUCAUUAAUGUUAGCUUGUCUGUUCUCUAUGUUUGGUGGAAUAUCUCAGAAACACGAAUAUUGUAGCAUGUAAAAAAAUGCCACUGGAAGACCACUUUUCAAUACGAACAAUGUUCGCUAAAACAAUUUGACAAAUGUGGGACGUUUGUCUUGGAGAAUGUAAUUAGGUGAUAAUUUUCGUCACGGUCCAGAAUGCAGAUACAAAAACAACACAGUUCGUGGAAUAUUCGUAACUUUCUUGGGUGAUGUUUGCAAAAUCGGAACUAACGACAACAAUACCGUGUAACGCUUCAACAUUUGUACAGUCAGAUGUGUCGUGAGUUUCAAAGCAUGUGGCUUGUACGCAAGCAACACUGAACAAAACGUUGGCAAAGGUGUAAAAACAAAUGGGCUUGGGAAUCUUCUAAUAAUCACUAUCUGUAUUAUAGUAAAAAAAAAAUCUUUGAAGAAAAAAAAGAAUAGAAAUUGUGAAUGCUAUAUAAACUUGUGUAUGUGUGUGUGCGCACGCGCGCGUGCGUGCGUGCGUGCACGUGUGUGUUGCCUUCAAAAGCACAGUGCUUGGAAAAAAAAAUCGGUUUAAAAAAAGUUGAAAUAAGAGAAAAUAAGUGACAAUAACACUUUCGCCGUGUAAAAGAAAUUCGAUUAUUACUUUAGAGCUUCCUUUGAAAUAAAAUACUCAACAACCUUGUUCUUGCAAGCCCUGUACAGUAGUGAUAACCUCUGGCUCUUUGGAGUAGGUUUUGUCAAGUAUUUGACCUGGUACUAGUAAUCUUCACUUUCCCACUCGUCCUCUCUCUCUCUCUAACCCCUCCUCGUCUCCCCCCGCACCCCUGUUAUUUUUUUUGUAGUGUGCUUUUGACCAUAGCUUCGUAGUUUGGUGAUUUUCGACAAAAAAAAGUGGUAGCUCAAUAUUUAUACUUCGAUGUCUUAAAAUAUACUGUUAUGCCGCGUUAAACGGAAAAAAAACAAUUGUGCUCUUUGCGUUCUCACUUUUUUGACAGGGAGCUCAGAAAGAAAAGUCUUAAUAUUCGUUAAAAAAAAUGUCCCUUUACCAGUUUCCUCUUAACAGCACGAGUCACAUUUUUUUGUAAAAUAACCUUUAUACAUAAUGUAUUUAUCUCUCAGUGGUCAGCGCAAACUGUGAUGUUUGUUCAUUUUUGUAGCACACGUUUAUCGCUUACUUUAGACAAGAUGUAGCGGUGUAAUUAAGAAAACGAACACACACACAAAAAAAAAACGCAAAAAAAUUUAAAAAAACUUUUGCGAGGAUAUAAACAAAAAAAAAAUCGCAUGAACCAUUUUAAUGAUUUCACGGGUGUUUCCCGCCUGUAUAGAUUUCUGUGAGUGUAAUUCAUUUUUGCCAUAUCCGUGAACUUGUAGCCAACGCGACUUGCACAGAUAUGCCCGUGCGUACAAAAGUCAAUGUUUAUUUUUGUAUUUUUUUAUGUUUAAUGAUUUGUUGUGAAAGUGUUUGAUCAAGGUUUGAGGCUGCCAUUAAAUAUUAAUAAUGAACAAAUUCAUAAGAUCAGUGGCGCAUUGAAGUUUUGUUUUACGCCUUCAAAGGGACAGCGUGUGCUUUUAAUAGAAUGUGCCUUUUGAUUUUGAUUUUCAAUCAAUCGUGCCACUUAACUAUUAAUAUCCGUGUGUUAAGAUGAGAAUUUUGUAAAUUCAUGUUAUAUACCAAUGUAAUCAAAUUAUACCUUGUGUUUUAUUUAAAAAUUCAAAAAUGUAGACAUCCCUCAACACUUAGCUUAACUUGUUUCAUUUUCUCUGCAGUGCAAUAAUAAAUAAAUAAAAAUUACGACGACGAUAAUAAUAAGAAUAGUAAUACGGUUCAGCACAUUAAUAUAUCGUCUCAUAAUUUGAGACAUUAUUUGAAUGCAUGUUUUAUUUCUUUGUGGCAAAAGGGUGUAUUGCCAAGUAUACGCUGUCCCUUUCCAUAUUUGGAUGCGAGUGUCAACCAGAAUCCACGUUUAAUGCAACGUUGUUUCCUUCUAUUACCUGAUACAUGCGAUGAAAUACCAACGGUCACAAUGGACAUUGGCGCAAUUCAGAAAAGAGGUCCUUAAAAUUCAAUCAAAAUUGUCUUCGCGUUGGCAUUGUUUUUGUUGUUGUUACAUUUCUUUGCGCCAAAAUGUCAUUUUUGUAUCUUUUUUUUUUAGAUGUUACACUUUUUAAGUGCCGUGUUUAUUAAGCACCCAGUUGUCCAGAGUUCUGGCUGUACAUUUUGAUGUCCAGCAGCCCCAAGACAAACUGGACAGUGGAGGCCUGUGAAUUACCAUGCACACGGACAGAUUUCGGCCCACGCCGCACCAUCACUAUGCUAUCACUUUUUAGUAAACGAUUCGCUAUUUAGGACAUGGUCAAAUACGUUUAAAAUGUUAUUAAUAUGUUAUUUUAAAUGUACAUUUUUCUUCUCCCUAAAAAAAAACAAAAAAAAUUUGGACUGUAUAAAAAGUGUUGCAUUUUACACAAUAUUUAAUUAAAGUAUCUCUUGUCUGUGAAAAA